CAAGACGCAAAUCAGAGCGGCUGGACGGAGUUCCGCGCACUUUCUCAACUUCGACUCCCAUCUUUUUGUCCUCCUGAUCUCCCUCCUGUUAUCCGUCACCAUUCCCCUCCAGAGAGGCUCCACGGGUUUUCUGUCGUCCUUUGGUCCCCGAACGGAGCGGAGGAAGUGGUCCGUGGUCGUCCUGGUGACCGCCGUCGUGAUGGUUGUUCUAGUUCUGACCAUCGCUGUCCCGUUGCUGCUGCUCCGCUCCUCAGAGACCUCCGCUCAUUACUAUGAGAUGAUGGGCACCUGUCGGAUGGUGUGCGACCCGUAUAGCUCCAAACCGGGAGGCACCACUGCCAUGGAAGUGAUCCAGAACGUGAAUGGCGCAGCUCCGCAGCCGCCGAUGGCACAAGGGAGCCGCGGGGAGCCUGGACGACCAGGGAAGCCUGGACCUAGGGGCCCUCCGGGAGAACCCGGACCCCCGGGUCCGAGGGGGCCGCCGGGGGAGCGCGGGGACAGUAAACUCGGGUUCCCCGCGAUAACGGGAUCAGUUGGAGGCGACAACGGUGAGACAGACGGCGUGAACUCCACGCUGAACGGGUUCAGGAUCGCCUUUUACGUCGGGCUGAAGAAUCCGCACGAGGGAUAUGAGGUGUUAAAGUUUGACGACGUGAUCACAAACUUGGGGGACCAUUACGAUCCCAGCACCGGGAAGUUCACCUGCCAUGUGUCCGGGAUUUAUUUUUUCACUUACCACGUGUUAAUGCGCGGAGGAGACGGGACCAGCAUGUGGGCUGACCUGUGCAAGAACGGACAGGUUCGAGCCAGUGCCAUUGCUCAGGAUGCAGACCAGAACUAUGACUACGCCAGUAACAGUGCCGUGCUGCACUUGGACUCUGGAGACGAGGUCUACGUCAAACUUGAUGGCGGCAAAGCUCAUGGAGGCAAUAACAACAAGUACAGCACCUUCUCUGGCUUCAUCCUAUACCCUGACUAAACAUACUGCUGCAGUGCUUGGACUAUAAUCAUCAACUUAUCACAUAGAUCAAAACUGUUUUCUUCUUUUUCUUUAUUCUUGGACAUUUUUUUGGACAUUAACGCUACAUAAACAGUCUUAUCUGCAACUAUACUCUGUUCAUUUAAGGAAAGAACCCUUUGUAUAUAUGGCUACAUUCAUUUUAACUUAUAUUCAACUGAAGAUUAGUGUCAUGAGUGAAAAUGUGAGUAAAUUGAUGUCUUAUUACCUCAUAAAUGGCCUGAGAGAUGUUACUGGAGUAGAUUAGGCUACCUUACUAAAAUCCUUUUGGGGAAAGUUGACAGACUUUAAUAUCUCAAUAGUAUUUCCAAGGAAAUGCAGACAAAUUUAGGUACAUAUUAAAUGUCAGAUGCACAGUUUUAACAGCAGGAAAUAGUCAGUAGUUUUUAGCCCUUUCAGCUGCACUGAUUUGUCUCCACAAAAAGCCAGCGGUUUAACUGAGAUAACUGUGAUCCAUCAGUUAAAAGGAGGCUAAAAUUUGAGCAAAAUUUAACAUCAGCCUUGGUAAGAUUAACAGUGCUGAAUCAAAAGUCCCAGGAAAAGAUUUUAGGGCUAUUACAUUUAGUUUUCUUUUUUUGAGAGAACAUCCAUUAAUAUGUGGAAAAGUCUGAAAGUCACAACAGUCUGGAAGUGCUUAAGACUAGACAAACCAUAAGAAACCUGUUGAGGUUCCUCUAAUAUCAGCUCGACCUAUUUAAACAAAGUUGUUUGUGAAAUAGCAACAAAAAUGGAGGAAACUAGUGAGCGAAGGAAUCCCAAGGGCUUGUAAACACCAAGCUGACAAGAAAAACCAGCAGCGACUAGAGGCUUCCUGCCAGGUCAUGUCUAAGCAAACAAAAUAGCACACAAACACAUCACAAAGAUGACUUUUACCUUUCAGCCAGGAUACGCAAUCUACAACUGGUAAAGGACCCAGUUCAGAAGCGAUUGGUGUGCUGAAUAGCCAAUCAGAAUAAACUCUCAAACCAACUGA